UGUCUUUUCUUUUACUCAUUGAAGAUUCUCAUUGAAAAUCUUUAAUCAUUCGAUGAUUUGAUUGAUUGAUUGAUGAUUUAUUUAUGAUAUUAAAGUUGUUUAGUGAUUAGUUAACGUUUGUAAGUUUAGUUUACACUCUUUCUAGUUGAAUAGUUGUUUAGAUUAUGUCGGUGACUGGUGUUACUAUUACUCCACCAGCAACAACUGGAUGGCCAAAAGUGAAAACUGAAUCAGGAGAAAGACAAUCAACUUAUACCGGCAAAUAUUUAGCUUCUAACAAUUUACUUUCGGUAACUUGUAAUCGAACAAUUAAUCUAUAUCCAUUAUCAAAUUAUACUUUUGGUACUAAAGAUGCUCUAUUUGAGAAAGAUCCAUCAGUUCCUGCUCGAUUUCAACGAAUGAAAGAUGAAUUUGAAAAGGUCGGAAUGAGAAGAUCAGUUGAAGGAGUUUUACUUGUCCAUGAACAUCGACUUCCUCAUGUUUUACUCCUUCAAUUAGGAACAACUUUCUUUAAAUUACCUGGAGGUGAAUUAAAAGCAGGAGAAGAUGAAGUCGAAGGACUAAAAAGACUUCUAACCGAAACACUAGGUCGUCAAGAUGGAAUAGCCAAUGAGUGGACAAUUGAAGAUACAAUUGGUAAUUGGUGGAGACCCAAUUUUGAGCCACCCCAAUAUCCAUAUGUACCACCACAUAUAACCAAACCCAAGGAACACAAGAGACUAUUUUUGGUCCAAUUACCUGAGAAAGCUUUAUUUGCCGUACCUAAGAAUUAUAAAUUAGUGGCCGCUCCACUUUUCGAGCUGUAUGACAAUGCUCAAGGCUAUGGACCGAUCAUCUCAUCUUUACCUCAAACCUUAAGUCGAUUCAAUUUCAUUUAUCUAUGAUCAAUGAUGAUGAUUUAUCCAUUUAAUUGGGUUGCAUGUGUUAUCUUUAUGUUUUCUAAUCUUUUUUUUUUCGAUUGCCGUAGAUAAUAUUAACUAAUUUCAUCAAUACGAAUAUAUCAGCAUUCCUUUAAUUGUGUCUCUAUAAAAUCUUGAGUUCUAAAUCAUCUUCACACCUCUUCAAUCAUCCUCAUCACCAAGAUCUCUGAGAUUAUAUUUUCAUCUUCAUCUUCAUCAUUUACUUUUCAUUGUUUUAACUCAAGUUUUUUUUUCCUUUCAAAUUAAUAUCUUUUAAGAGACUUUA